AUGGCUACUCUGGGAAAUUCAAUCUUUCCGUGGCCUUUGAAGAACCAGUCCUUGGUUAUCUCCAAAGGUCUGGUUAAUGGCGAGUGGAGGGAAGGUCGCACUCGGUUUGAAGUUUACGAGCCUUCGACCGGCAAUGUGCUGGAUACUGUCUCCGGGUUCAACAAGGAAGAUGUCGUUGAAGCUAUUGAGUCUGCUUACACAGCAUUCCAGGCUUUCCGUCACACGACCGCCAAGGAACGCGCGAUGAUACUAUGGAAGUGGCAUGAUCUCAUACGCGCCAAUGCCGAUGACUUGGCAAAGUUGAUUUCCCUCGAGAACGGAAAGGCUCUUCCUGAUGCUGUCGCCGAAGUCAACGCGACCGCCGGCCUCGCUGCUUGGUUUGCUGAAGAAGCUGUGCGUUCUUACGGCGACGUGAUUCCUUCAUCCUUUCCAAACACGACUGUCAUGACCUUCAGGGAACCGGUUGGGGUCUGCGCCAUCGUCACUCCGUGGAACUUCCCCGCAAUGAUGGUAGCCCGUAAGAUUGCGCCGGCCUUUGCUGCUGGCUGCUCUGUUGUUAUCAAACCUCCCAGUGAGACGCCUUUCUCGGUCCUGGCUCUCGCCAAGCUUGCACUCGAUGCUGGCUUGCCGAGAAAAUUGCUUCACGUUCUACCUACCAAAGAUCGUAAUGCUGCAACCGAGCUUGCGAGACACCCACUAGUUGCCAAAUUGAGCUUCACAGGAUCCACACCAGUUGGAAUCAUGUUAACACAACUUGCUGCCGCAACUAUGAAGCGAGUGAGUAUGGAACUCGGCGGCAACGCACCUUUCAUCGUCUUCGAGGAUGCCGAUAUCGAUGUCGCUGUUCAAGCGGCUGUCGCUUGCAAAUUCCGUGCAUCUGGACAGGUCUGCGUGUCUGCCAACCGUCUAAUCGUCCAUGAGUCUGUCGUCGCCGAUUUUGCCACAAAAUUGACCGCAGCUGUGGCGAAAUUUCGUCUUGGGCGCGGAAUUGAUUCUGGUGUUACUCAUGGCCCACUUGUCAAUGCGGCCGCUGUUGCAAAGAUCGAUUCGCACGUCAAGGAUGCGCUUUCUAGAGGCGCUAAACUGUGGGUUGGCGGGAAGAGACCUGAGAACAUCAACAUGGGGUUCUUCUACGAGCCAACCGUCUUGACCAACGUCCCUCGAGAUGCGCUUGUGGCGCAUGAUGAGACCUUCGGUCCAUUGGGAGCCAUCAUCUCGUUCAAGACACAACAAGAAGCUCUUGACAUUGCUAACAACACAGAUCUUGGCCUAGCUGGGUACUUUUUCAGCAGAAACGUAGGGCGUGUACUAGAAGUUGCGAGAGCGCUUGAGGUCGGAAUGGUGGGCGUCAACACGGGCAUAAUGACAGCACCAGAGACACCCUUUGGUGGAGUUAAACUGAGUGGGCUCGGCAGAGAAGGAAGCAAACACGGCAUCAGCGAAUAUCAGAACAUCAAGAGCAUCACAAUUAGCCACAAUUUCUGA